CCGCAGGUGAAACUUGGCAAGCUAAUUUUGGGACACCCUGUAUGAGUGACACCUUGGCAAAAUUGAUCAAACAACAGGUGAUAACUCGUCAAAUACUCAGUGAGGUACUCGAUGAAGUUCAAAAAAUGAAACAAGUAUCCAACACUAAUCCAUCAACUAGCACUGAAGUUCAAUCAAUCUUUGCAGCUUUUCAGCAUUUCCCUAUCUACUCAGACGAGACGCUGAAUCUCUUAGAAGACUACCUUUCUGAAAAAGGACGGUUCAAGGCUGCUAUUACGGAGAUGUCCAAAAUGGGGGGUGCUUCCCCAUAUGAUUUCAUGAAACGGUGCCUCUCGUCCAUCAUUACCAAUGGUUUUGCAUCGCAAUUUAGCUGGCUUGGUGCUAAAAAAAAGAGAGUUUUUCGACAACUGAAAGUAGCUGAUCUUCUGCUUGAGGCUGCCCAACUCAAUGGAGUCUCUGAUAAUAGGAAAACUUCUGAAGAAGCAAUUAAGGCUUGGUUGAGAAGAGCCAAAGAAAGAUAUAUUUCAUCUUUGAAGAAAACACUUCCAGAAGCAAGUGUCCGGCGAGAUGCCAAUAUUCUGAUGUUUUUGCCAUAAUGUAUUAAUCUCGAUGUUCAGCCCAAAGACUCUCAGUUAUGUCAUUUAAUCUGUAUGUUUGUUUUGUUUGAUUAAAUGCUCAGCUCGAUUCUCAGUCGC